CGCGCGGUCGUGGCCUUUCCUCUGGGGCUAUGGCGGCGGCGGUGAGUUCCGCGCCGUUCUUGGCGCUCGGGCCGAGCUGCCGGGACCCCCGCGCCCCCCCGCGCCGCCGCAACCGCGGGCCCCGCAACCGCAAGAAGGGCUGGAAGCGCUGGGCCGGCCCCGAGGCGCGCCUGGGCCGGGAGAUCGGCGACUUCCUCGAGGAUGUGGGGCUGCAGCAGCGGGCGACGGGGGGCCUCAUCGCGGAGCAACCGGAUGAAGGGCUUUUCUUUGUGGAUACAGGGAAUGACGAGAAAGAUCGGAAACAAAACAAAGGAAGAGAAAAGCCUUUACGCGUCGACCUCAUCCUGCAACCGGAUUCCAAAGUUCCGGCUCCGAAGGAUAUUUUAGCUCAUCAGAUUCCCAACGCACGGAAAGAAAAACGCCGCCAGGAAUUUUGGGAGAAAAAAGCCGAAAAAGGGAUUUUACCGCGUUGCGAACGGCGCCUCCAGGCGAGGUUGAGGCGGGGAGCGAUCCCGAAGGAAAAAAAACCUUUGGAAAAGGGGCGUUCGGAUCCCGAAAGGAGUUUUUACGACAUUUGGGCGGCAGAAAAUCCUUUGGAGCGAGCGCUGGAGGGACAGGACGAGUGGUUCCUGCAGCAGACGAAGAAGCGGAGGGUGAAACGUCCCGCCAGGCUCGGAAUGAAGCCGUCGGAUGCUCCGGCUGUGGAAGUGAUCGCACCGGGGGGGUCCUACAACCCCACCUUCGAGGAUCACCAGGCGCUGCUGCUUCGGGCGCACGAAGUGGAGCUGCGGAAGAAGAAGGAAGAAGAUAAGGUGGAAAAGCAGCUCCGGAUUCCAUCCGGCACCGAACUCCCCACGGAGGAGUCGCUGCUGCUGGAGCAGUGCCAGGGGCUCAUCCCCGAAUCCGAUGAUGAUGAGGAUGAAGAGCCGGAGCCGACGCCAACGGAGCCCGACGCCAUCCGGAUAACUGCACCGCGCCGUGAGAAGAAGACGGAGCAGCAGCGGCGCCGGGAGAAGGAAGCGCGGGAGCUGGCCACGCGGCAGCGUUUGGCGCGGUUGGCGCGGUGCCGCCGUCAGGAGCUGUUCCGGCUGCGGGCGCUGCGGCUGCAGGUGUCGCAGUGGGAGGCGGAGCUGCGGCGGCGCCGUCAGGCGCGACUGGCGAAGCGCAGAGCCAAAGACGCGCUGCCCCGGCGCCUCGGGAGCCUCAGGUAUGAGGAUCCCGCUCUGGACGUGCAGCUCAGUGACGAGUUGGCCGAUUCCCUCCGCACUCUCAAGCCCGAGGGCAGUGUUCUGCGCGACCGCUUCAAGAGCUUCCAGAGGCGCAACCUGAUCGAACCGCGCCAGAGGGCCAAGUUCAAGAGGAGAUAUCGGGUGAAAUACGUGGAGAAAAGGGCGUUCCGGGAAGUGACGCUGUGACCGUGAUCCCAAUAAACCCUUUGGUUCGGAGCCG